UUCAGCUCCAUCCAAUCCCUCUCAGGUGCUUCACUUCAACUGAAUAACAAAGCAGCACAGUCUUUGCCUUGAUCUACAGUAGCAGUCUUUGCUUGUUGAAUACUCUGUGGACUUUCGGUAAAGAUCUAUUCAAUAUGUCGAUGGGCUUGGAGAUUGUGGGGAUUUCCCUUGGAUUCAUUGGAUUGAUUCUUGCAAUCGUAACAUGCGCCCUCCCAAUGUGGAAAGUGUCAGCGUUCAUCGGCGCCAACAUCAUCACGGCUCAGAAUAUCUGGCAGGGCUUGUGGAUGAAUUGCGUGGUCCAAAGUACAGGUCAGAUGCAGUGCAAGUCCUAUGACUCCAUGUUAGAAUUGCCUCAGGACCUUCAAGCCUCCAGGGCAAUGACAAUCAUCGCUAUAAUACUCGGAGUGCUGGGGAUCAUGAUCUUCUUUGUAGGAGCCAAGUGCACCAACUGCAUAGAAGAUGAGGCAUCCAAGGCCAAAGUGGUCAUCAUCUCUGGGAUUUUCUUUGUCCUAGCAGGCCUUUUGGUCCUGAUUCCUGUGUCUUGGUCUGCCAGUAACAUUGUCCGGGACUUCUACAAUCCAACAACGAUUAAUCCUCAGAAGAGAGAGAUUGGAGCAUCUCUCUAUAUCGGUUGGGGUUCAGCCGCCCUCUGCCUGAUCGGAGGAGCAAUGCUGUGCAGCCGCUGCCCACCCAAGGAAAAGAAGUACAAAGCACCCAGGAUGGCGUACUCUGCCCCCCGCAGUGCAAGUGCUGGUGGAGGGUAUGACAAGAAAGACUAUGUUUAAACUACUCUAAAUUGUCUGAAGAAUUUUUUUUGAAAGUAGUUUGAAUGUUAGUUGCAUUUCUGUGUUUGUAAAGAUGUGUCCUGCUUGUUCAUUGCUGUCUCAAAGAACGGGGUAAGCCCCUUUGAAUGACUCCGAAAUGAAGAUUUUCUAAACUUUUUCAUCUUUGUCUUAUUUUUUUUUGGUCAACAUGUUAAUUUACAAACUCUUGGUCUAUUAUGCGUGAAGAACGGGAGCAUUAGAGCUUUGUUUUUUUGUUAAAAAUGAUCAUAAUCCCUUCAAACGUUACACUGGAAAUUGUAACUCUAGUCUCUGCGACUGUGAAAAUUUAAACCUACUUUCCGCUUUUUGCAGUAGAUAGCUGGUGGCAAGGAGUUAUGUUACAUUGAAAAUUGCUGGGAAAACGUUGCGUGUCAUGUCACCUGACUAUGACAAGGAAGAGCUGGCUCUCGUUUUACAUGGAUUUGUUUGGAU